CUCCUGCAUUUACCUCAGUGGCUUCUUUUUCCAUCAUUCUGGAAUCUCUCUCUUUUUUUUUUCCUUUGCUAUGUUCUAUUUUUCUUUUUUGGGGAAUGCCUUUCCUUAUUUGUGUGAUUAGACGAUAUUUGGAGUUUGGAGAGGAAAGGACAAAGGGAAUAAAAAAAUUAGUCUAUAAAUGAAUGAGCAAAUAUAGCUUUGAGUUGUGCAGGAAGAAGGGAUAAAUGCCAACCAAUCCUCUGAAAACCUCUCGAGGGUUUCUAAAAUUUCUUCUAUUUCCUUUCUCCUAAUGUUCUAACUCUUUUUUCCGUUUUCCCCACUUUUGUUUUUUGCUCAAAAUUGCUUCUUUUUUUGUGAGGGGCCUUCAAUUUUUUUUCCUUCCCCCCUUUUAGAGGUUUUUACCAGAAAACUAGCUCUUCUUAGGUCCAAAUCUUUCUAGGGUUUCUGGGUUUUGGGUUUUUUAAGCUAUUUUUGGUUGCUUUCUGAGUCUUCUUAGAUUUUGCUUCCCACUCUUUUUUAAUUCUCUUUGACCCUCUCUCUCUCUCCUCUUCUUUUUCCCUCUCAGUUUUUGUUUUUGUAAACUGUGAAUAUUUUGUUAAUUUUUUCUGCCAAUAUUUUGGACCUUGAUUUCGAAGCUCGAGCAAUAAACUUUCCAAAGUAAUUUUGCGUCUCCAGUUAUAUGAAAUGGUGAGAGGAAAAGUAGAGAUGAAACGAAUAGAAAAUGCGACAAGUCGGCAGGUGACGUUCUCGAAGCGUCGAAAUGGGCUGUUGAAGAAGGCUUAUGAACUAUCUGUGCUCUGUGAUGCUCAAAUUGCUGUCAUCAUUUUCUCUCAGAAAGGCCGACUCUACGAGUUUGCAAGCUCUGACAUACAGAGGAUUGUGGAGCGCUAUCGCAAAUGUGCAAGAGAUGGGAAGAAUAAUAGCAAGAUUGAUAAACAGCUCCAAUUACAGGAAUUAAAGAAUGAAGCUGAAAGUAUUAGUGAGAAAAUUGAGUUGGUGCAACUUUCUCAAAGGAAGCUGUUGGGAUAUGGACUGGAUUCUUGUUCUCUUGAUGAACUUCAAGAAAUUGAUGCUCAGCUUCAGCGAAGCUUGUUCCUAAUUAGGGCCAGAAAGGCUCAGCUAUACAAGGAGCAAAUAGAACAACUAAAAGAAAAGGAACGACUUCUUUUAGAAAAGAACGCAAGAUUAUCUUUAAAGGCCGCAGCUCACGGUGGCGCCGCCGCUCUCGGCUGCCGGAGUAGCCCAAGUUGUGAAGUCGACACCCAAUUGUUCAUUUAAUCCCACGUGCAUGCCAUGCAGCUUUACCCACAUACAAAUUAAAUAUAUAAAUAAAUAAACAAAUAGUCUAUUAUCAAUUUCGAAUUUCCCAUGUAAUUGUGAGCUUUAAUUGUUUAUGUUAUUAAUAAACAACUUUGCAAUUAUAUUUAUGUGGUCUUGUAUUUCACUAUUAUUAAUAGAGUUUUUUUUUUCUUUC